ACACCAUCUGUCCUACAGCGCUCCAUUAGCAGUGCACGUACCCCCUCUUUGUCCCCCAAGGUCAGCUGUGAAGCCCAUUUAAUUACUUGCUCUGUCCUCUCAGGAUCAGCUUCCUUUUCCCCUUCUUCUUUUUCUCUCUUCAGAAAACAUUAGCGCGCUUGAUCUAUAUGACAAGCAAUUCAUCUUCUUACGCAUACUAUUCCUUUCCCCCCACCCCAAGCAGAUCAUCGCCGCCUCGAACAUCCCAAACCCCACCAUCUAAUCCGCGUACCCCACGAACAUCGAAAAGCAUGCCGUCUCCGGCGGCUGGAAGGGUCGAAAGACCCGAAGCUCCCAAAACCCCCACAAGGUCAGGCAAGAAGCCUGGAUCAAACACAACAUCCAAAUUAGGGAGAGAAACAAAAGCAUCACCCUCACCGUCUCCAAAGGCGCCAAGGUCCGCGCCUAAAUUGGGCAAACCCAAAGCCGCUGCCGAUCAAGCUGGCUCGCCCAAGCUUCCCCCAAGACCAACAAAGACUCCUGAGAAGCCCAAGAUUGAGAAGCCUGAAGUUGAAGAACCUCAGGUUGAAGAACCUCAGGUCGAAGAGCCCGAAGAGGUGUCAGAGGCGACAGGAAAGGCCGGCGAGCAGGUCGAACUGAAAGAUAACGAACCAGAAGGAAUUGAAGGAGAGGAAUCCCCUGAAGGAAAGGUCUCCCAAGCUGGUAAUGAGACUGGCAACGAAAGCUCUGCUGUCUCGACCGGUGCCGGUGAGCUCGAGGAGAGAGCACCGGAGGCAGAGGCAUCUGACGUGGAGGAGGCUGCCGAAGAUACCAAAGCUGGAGCUGAGGAGACCGCCGAGGAUGUGCCGGAAAAGGUGCAGGAUACCACAAAAGGAGCCAAAAAGGCGGACGGAGGUCUCCUUGGUGGCGCCAAAGGCCUCGCUGGCAAGGCUGCCGGCGCGGUCGGUGAUGUUGCCAAGGGACAGCCAGAUAAAGCCGCGAAAGAUGUCGCUGGUGGUGCCACUGGUGCCGUUGGCGACGUAACCGAGGGUGCCAAAGAGACAGUCGAGGACACCACCGGACAAGAGUUGCCAGUUGACCUUUCCAUCCUCAAGGGCCUUGAGGUCGGAGAGGACGGAGAUAUUCUCGGCGAAGAUGGCUCUCCUAUCGGCCGAUUAACCGAAGGCGAUGCCGAGGAUCUUGCUGGAAUGACCAUUGGUGACGAUGGAGAGAUCCUCGACGAAGACGGAGAUGUCGUCGGCAGGGCCGAAUUGCUCCCGGAGAAGGCAGGUGAAUUGGCCGAUGGCGCCAAAGAAACUGCCGAAGGUGCCGCAGACCAGUUACCACAGCUCCCUGACGUAUCCAUCCUGAAGGGUCUCGAAGUAACCAAGACGGGAGAUAUCCUUGACGACGACGGAAACUUCGUGGGCCAGCUUACUGAAGGCCAAGCUGGAGAUCUUGCUGGAAAGACCGUCGACGAGAAAGGCGAAGUCGUCGACGAGGAUGGUGAAGUACUCGGCAAGGUCAAGGUAGUUGAAGGUGCACUCGAUUCCGAACUGGUUCAAGGCCUGAAGGAGACUGCCGAGGAAACCGCCGAGGAGACAACAGGAAAAUUGCCCGGACUGGAAGCCCUGGAAGGCCUGGAAGUAAACGAAUCAGGAGAAAUCCUCGGUCAGGACGGAAAGCCCCUGGGAAGAAUUACCGAGGGCGACCCUCAGGACCUCGCCGGCUUGACCGUCAAUGACCAGGGAGAAAUCCUCGAUGAUGACGGUGAUGUGAUUGGCAGAGCCGAAGUCAUUGCUGGUGAGGCAGCAGAUGAAGUUGAAGAAGCCGGUCAACCUGCCGGCAUCCCUGGCGAUGUUACUGACAAUGUUAAAGAAACUGCCGAAGGUGCUGUCGAAGGUGCCGCUCCCGAAGUGCCUGGACUGGACAUCCUUAACGGUCUGGAGGUCAAUGAAGACGGCGACAUCCUUGGCGACGACGGUAAUGUCCUCGGACGGAUCACUGAGGGCGAUCCCAAGGAUCUCGUCGGAAAGACCGUCAACGAAGACGGAGAAAUUCUGGACGAAGAUGGCGACGUCAUCGGACGAGCUGAAGUCAUUCCUGGUGAGGCGACAGACGAAAUCGAAGAAGCUGGCAUCCCUGGCGACGUUACUGACAAUGUUAAAGAAGCUGCCAAAGGCGCUGUCGAAGGUGCCGCUCCCGAAUUGCCUGGACUGGACAUCCUCAACGGUCUUGAGGUCAACGAAGACGGCGAAAUCCUUGGAGAAGAUGGCAAUGUCCUUGGCCGUAUCACUGAGGGCGAUCCUGAGGAUCUAGCUGGAAAGACCGUCAACGAAAACGGAGAAAUCCUUGAUGAAGAUGGCGACGUUAUCGGCAGGGCUGAAGUUGUUACUGAAGCUGCUAAAGCUGCCGAAGGCGCUGCUCCUGAACUGCCCGGACUGGACGUCCUCAAUGGUCUGGAGGUCAACGAAGCCGGCGAAAUUCUCGGAGCCGACGGAAAUCUUCUAGGAAGAAUCACUGAAGGUGAUCCCAAGGACCUUGCCGGGAAAACUGUUAACGAAAAGGGCGAAAUCCUGGAUGACGAUGGAAAUGUCAUCGGCAAGGCUGAGGUCGCUGCUGGUAAGGCCACAGAUGAGCUCCCUGACACCAGCGAAGCACCGUCUGUCAAAACACCUCCUACUGAAGCCCCCUCUAUCAAGUCUGCUUCUAAGGCCCCCUCUGUCAAGCCUACUUCCAAGGCACCCUCUGUCAAGCCUUCUUCCAAGGCCCCUUCUGUCAAGGCUCCCUCCAAGGCCCCCUCCAAGGCCCCCUCUGCAAAAACCCCUUCUGUUAAAGCACCUUCAGUUGGCGCUCCUAGUACAGUGACUGACAAAGCUAAAGAAGCCGCGGAAGGCCUUGCCCCUGAGGUCCCCGGACUGGACAUUCUCAACGGCCUAGAGGUCAACGAAGACGGCGAAAUCCUCGGAGAUGAUGGCAACGUCCUUGGCCGUAUCACUGAGGGCGAUCCUAAGGACCUAGCUGGAAAGACCGUCAACGAUAAAGGAGAAAUUCUGGACGAAGAAGGCAACGUCAUCGGAAAAGCCGAAGUUGUUGCUGGUGAGGCCACAGGCAAGCCACAAGAAGCCGGCGAACUUCCUUCCGCCGGUGCUCCAAGUGACAUCACUAACAAGGCUAAAGGAGCCGCUCCUUCCCUCCCUGGACUGGAUGUCUUGGAAGGCCUCGAAGUCAAAUCUUCCGGAUCUAUUCGCGACGAUGAUGGCAAAACUCUUGGAAGGAUCGUCGAGGGCGACGUCGAGGACCUUGCUGGAAAGACUGUCAAUGAAAACGGUGAAAUUCUCGACGAAGAAGGAAACGUUAUCGGCAAGGCUGAGAUAAUCCCUGGAGAGGCAGCAGAGAGGAUCAAGAGCGGACUCCCUCUAAAUAUCGCAAUCCUUAACGGCUUGAAGGUCAACAAGAAGGGCAACGUCCUGGACGAAGAAGGCGAGCAAAUUGGCAAGCUCGUAGAGGGCGAUCUAAAGGGUGCCGCUGGAAAGUUCAUCAACGAGAAAGGAGAGGUCUUGGACAAGAACGGAAAUGUCGUUGGCAGAGUUGAGGUCGUCCCUGGCGAAGCUGCUGAUGCGGCCUUGCAAUCUCUGAAGGAGCAAGUUCAGGAGGAGGCGGCGCCUCAAAUUGAAGUGCCAGAACUUGCGAUUUUGGAAGGCCUCAAGGUCAACAAGAAGGGAGAGAUUCUUAACGAGGAUGGAGAAGCCAUCGGACGCCUCGUUGAGGGUGACCUCUCCGAAGUGGCCGGAAAGAAGGUCAACGACAAGGGUGAAGUCUUGGACAAAGACGGAAACGUCAUCGGUAAAGUCGAGACUAUCCCACAAGAAAUUGAAGAGGAGGGUCCACAACUGCCACCGCUAUCGAUCCUCGAGGGAUUGAAAUGUAACAAGGCGGGCAAACUUGUGGAUAACAAUGGAAAGCCCGUUGGUGAACUUGUUGAGGGUGACCCCAAGAGGAUCUUCCAGAUGGGCAUUACCUGCGACGCCGAAGGCCAAUUCUGGGAUAACAAGGGCCAUAUCAUUGGAAAGGCGCAAACACUUCCGGAAGCCGAUGAGUCCGAGGAUGCUCUGUUCGCCGGUCUGUAUGGCCUAGUCGUGGUUAAAGGCGGCAAGGUUGAAGACGAGAACGGAAACAUUGUCGGCGAGCUUGUCGACGGAGAUCCCAAGAAGCUUGUCGGCCGUGCUGUUGAUGAAGACGGCGACGUUUUUGACAAGCACGGAAACGUUUGUGGCCACGCGGAACGAUGGUCAGAACCCGAAACGCCUGAGCCUGAGAAGCCUGAUCUCUCGAUCUUGGCCGGCAAGAUCUUGAACAAGCAAGGAAACGUCAUUGGUGAUGAAGGGAUCCCCAUCGGACGCUUGGUUGAAGGCGAUGCCAAGAAACUUGCUGGCAAGAGAUGUGAUGCUGAGGGUCAGAUUUGGAAUGACCAGGGUAAAGUCAUCGGCAGAUGCGAGCUCAUUCCCGAUGCGGAGCGUGAAUCGCGUCCCGAGGGCCCGUUCGCUGGUCUUGAAGGUCUUGUUGUCACCAAGGGCGGCAAGGUUGAGGAUGAGAAUGGCAACGUCGUCGGUGAGGUGAUUGAGGGCAACCCCAAGAGACUUGUCGGCAAUGCUGUGGAUGAAGAUGGCGAUAUUGUCGACAAAUACGGUAACGUCAAGGGACACGCGAUUCCUUGGGAAGAACCAGAGGAAGAGCCCGAAGAUCUCUCGCCCUUGGCUGGCUGCACCGUCAACAAGCUUGGCAAUGUUGUCGACAGCCAUGGCGCCGUCAUUGGCCGGAUCACCUCUGGAGACCCCAAGGCCAUGGCUGGCAAGAAGGUUGACGGAGAAGGCCAGAUCUGGAACGACGCUGGCAAGGUCAUUGGCAAGGCCGAGCUCAUCCCCGGAGACUUGCGUGAUGACCAUGCCGAGGGCCCGUUCUCUGGCUGGGAGAACCUGGUUGUGGCCAAGGGCGGUGUUGUCCAAGACGCCAGUGGCCAGAUUGUUGGACGCGUCAUCUCUGGAGACCCCAAGAUGUUGGUCGGCAGGAGAGUCGACGACGACGGUGACGUCCUUGACAAGAACGGCAACCCUCUUGGUCGGGCCGAACGGUGGGAGCCCGAAGAGAAGAAGAGGGAGAUCAAUCCCAUGUCUGGUCGCAAAGUCAACAAGGAGGGUGAGGUCCGUGAUGCGGAUGGAAACCUCAUCGGCAAGCUGACUGCCGGAAACCUCGCCACGUUGGUCGGAAAGGAAAUUGACGACAAUGGAUACGUUGUUGACAAUGACGGCAACAAGAUUGGAGAGUGUACCCUGCUUGAAAACAUCCAGGAAGAACCUGAGCCUGAAGGACCAUCACCCGAGGAGCUCGAGGCCAUGCGCCAGAUGGAGCAGGACAAGGAACUGGCAAACAAGAUGUCCAAUGUGCUCCAGCAGACGCUUGACACCAUCACGCCUGUCUGCAAGAUGAUCACCGAGCACAUCGAGGCCGCCGAUCGUAAGCCCAAGGAGGAACUGGACGAGGAAGAGCUUGUCCAGAAAGUCAAGCCUCUCAUCGAGGAGGGCGGCCGCAUCUUGCAAGAAUGCAAUGGUGCCAUUCGCGGUCUUGAUCCUGACGGCCGCAUUGCUGGACGUGCCAAGGCCAGAGCUCAAAACCGUGAAGCCACACCUGAAGAAUAUCGUCUCGCAGACCUUCUCAAAGAGCUCACCACUACCGUUGUCAAGACUAUUGACGACGCCCGCAAGAAGAUUGCCGACAUGCCCCACGCCAAGAAGGGUCUCAACCCGCUCUGGGGCUUGCUCACUGAGCCUCUCUUCCAGAUCAUUGCCGCCGUUGGUCUCCUGCUCAGCGGUGUCCUCGGUCUAGUCGGCAAACUGCUCAACGGCCUCGGUCUCGGCGGCCUCGUUAACGGCCUGCUUGGCGGCUUGGGCAUUGACAAGUUGCUUAACGGACUCGGCUUGGCUGGCCUGCUUCAGCCGCUCACUGGCGGUGGAAAGAAGAAAUAAGCGCUUAGCGCCCUUCUACUUUUCCCGUCUUUCGUGCAUUGAUGCGUUUGUACUUUGACAACACUCUUAAUUGGUCAUGAUUUUCACGCAUUACGACUUGCCAUGAUUGUUGAACACGAUUUCUUCUUUCAUGUUUUAAGUUGAUAUCAUCUUUUUGCUGAAAAAAUUGUUUUCUGUUUCUUGCGCUUCGAAAAAAUUCCCUUUUCUUCUUUUCGCUGCCAUUCUUCGGCUCUUCUUAUUUUUUUUUUCUUUUUAUCGAGUACCCUUUUAAUGCAGCCUAG